AUUGACGUCUCACACCCCCCCACCCCCCAUGUGACAUAUAAAACAGCUUAUUUCUGAAGGCAUUGCGAGUCUCUGCCCUUUGAACUGUGCCACCUUGUUUACAGAAUACCCAGGCAGAUUAGAGUAACAUCGUCAAGUUACUUUCUUUAUAGUGUCCAGAUCCCUGUAGGCAUCAUGAAAUCACUGAGCUCAUCUACCCACUCUGGUCUCUGUGGUCUUUCCACACAUAGUGUAAGAACUGAUCAUGCACCCUGUCAUGGUGGGUUUCUUUGGCAGUGUUGGUGGUUAUUUAGAUUUUUGAGAAAAUGUUUCUCCCUGGGGGACUAUGGCACAAUACUCCUACCACCAGAGUCCUGUUCCAUGGCAUUCUAGAAGCCAUAUCAAAGACCCACUGUUGCCUUCUGUGGUUGGGUUUGGCAGCCGGCAAGCAGGGGAGGCCCCCAGUGGGAAAGCACAUGGGAACUAGCGAAAGAACCUCCGUUUUAGGCAUUUUAACUGCAAAGGUGCCAUUUACUUUAAUGAAUGAGCGAACGGUCCGAACAGAAUCGGCACGUUAGAUGUCACGUUACCUUCUACCAGCCGUUAAUACUUCUCUUUUAGUGGAGCAAGUACGUUAUCCAAUGGCCCAACUGCCGGACACCAUGCAAAGAUGCAAAGUUAUGACUUUGCUUGACCGUGUGUACGUGCAGCAGAACAACGUGGAGAAUGUCUACAACCUGGGCCUCAUCAUCUUCCGGGACCAGGUAGUACGCUAUGGCUGCAUCCGUGACCACCUGCGGCAAAGCCUGCUGGAGAUGAUCGCCCGAGAGAGGCGGGGCGAGGUGGUGGACAGGGGAGCGAUUCGUAACGCUUGCCAGAUGUUGAUGAUUUUGGGCCUUGAAGGGAGAUCUGUUUACGAAGAGGACUUUGAGACUCCGUUUUUAGAAAUGUCUGCCGAAUUCUUCCAGAUGGAGAGCCAGAAGUUCCUGGCUGAGAACAGUGCCAGCGUGUACAUAAAGAAGGUGGAAGCCCGGAUCAUGGAGGAGAUGGAACGCGUGAUGCACUGCCUGGACAAGUCGACGGAGGAGCCCAUCGUGAAGGUGGUGGAGCGGGAGCUCAUCUCCAAGCACAUGAAGACAAUCGUGGAGAUGGAGAACUCCGGCCUCGUGCACAUGCUGAGGAGUAGCAAGACAGAAGACCUGGCCUGUAUGUACAAGCUCUUCAGCAGAGUGCCCAAUGGCAUGAAGACCAUGUGUGAGUGCAUGAGCUUCUACCUGCGGGAGCAGGGCAAGGCACUAGUGUCCGAGGAGGGCGAGGGGAAGACCCCCGUGGACUACAUCCAGGGUCUUCUGGACUUGAAGAGUCGCUUUGACAGGUUCCUCCAGGAGUCUUUCAACAAUGACCGACUCUUCAAACAGACCAUCGCUGGGGACUUUGAGUACUUCCUUAACCUCAACUCCCGCUCUCCUGAAUAUCUCUCGCUAUUUAUUGAUGAUAAGCUGAAAAAGGGAGUGAAAGGACUCACAGAGCAGGAGGUGGAGUGCAUCCUGGACAAAGCCAUGGUCCUCUUCAGGUUCAUGCAGGAGAAGGAUGUGUUUGAGAGGUACUACAAGCAGCACCUGGCCAGGAGACUCCUCACCAACAAGAGCGUUUCCGACGACUCCGAGAAGAACAUGAUCUCCAAACUGAAAACAGAGUGCGGCUGCCAGUUCACGUCAAAACUGGAAGGCAUGUUCAGGGAUAUGAGCAUCUCAAACACAACCAUGGACGAAUUCCGGCAGCACUUGCAGACAACGGGGGUGUCCUUGGGUGGCGUUGACCUCACAGUAAGAGUCCUCACGACGGGCUACUGGCCCACGCAGUCAGCGACUCCCAAAUGCAACAUCCCUCCAUCUCCUCGGCAUGCGUUUGAAGUCUUCAGAAGGUUCUACUUGGCCAAACACAGCGGGCGGCAGCUGACCCUACAGCACCACAUGGGCUCGGCAGACUUGAAUGCCACGUUCUAUGGGCCCGUCAAGAAGGAGGAUGGAUCUGAGGUGGGUGUAGGAGGUGCCCAGGUAACUGGCUCCAACACCCGGAAGCACAUACUGCAGGUCUCCACCUUCCAGAUGACAAUACUCAUGCUGUUCAACAACAGGGAAAAGUUUACCUUUGAGGAGAUCCAGCAGGAGACGGACAUCCCCGAGCGUGAGCUGGUGCGGGCGUUACAGUCCUUGGCCUGUGGGAAGCCCACGCAGCGCGUCCUCACCAAGGAGCCCAAGUCCAAGGAGAUUGAGAACGGCCAUGUGUUCAACGUCAAUGACCAGUUCACCUCCAAGCUGCACAGAGUGAAGAUUCAAACAGUCGUUGCCAAGCAGGGGGAGUCGGACCCCGAGAGGAAGGAGACGCGCCAGAAGGUGGACGACGAUCGGAAGCAUGAGAUCGAGGCUGCCAUCGUCCGCAUCAUGAAGUCGAGAAAGAAGAUGCAGCAUAAUGUUCUGGUGGCAGAGGUUACCCAGCAACUGCGAGCUCGUUUCCUCCCCAGUCCUGUCGUCAUUAAGAAGCGAAUCGAAGGACUUAUUGAGAGAGAGUACUUGGCACGGACCCCUGAGGACCGAAAAGUGUACACUUACGUGGCGUGAGGGACAGUGCCGGACACACUGCCCAAGGAGAGCUGCAGUGUCCCUCCAUCCUCCUGGACACUGACCUUUCCCGCAGUAAUGGGUGACUUCCUAAUUAAGAGAAAAUGCAAACUCUGGUGCAGAAUAGCAGUGUAAAAGAGCUCAGCUUCUGCCUGACCUGCCACCAUUUUAGAUGGUAGGACCCCCCAUUCCCAGAUAUAUUUUGGUGCAAGAUGUGAUUGCACAACGUUUUCUUUCGUUUACCUUGGGUCGGUCGGGGAAAGGGACUGAAAAUUAAAUAAACGGCGAGUCUCUGUUUAAAGCGAAACAUACUAUUUAGACUUUUUCCCCCGAUUUUUAGACUUGAUGUAAAUGUUUCGUGUCAAUCUGAGUAGACGCGGUUUUCGUUGUUCGUUUGCAGGGAACGACGGCAGGACGAUCUAGCCAACGGACUAAGUCCACUUUUUCUUUUUGGGGCGAAUUGUAAAUUGUUUUUCUUUUUUGGGGGGUGGGCUGGAAAAGGAGGGUGCGUAUAAAUACUUUUUGAUACUGGGUUCUUUUGAGUACAGUUUCCAUUGGUUUAUUGUUCUCAUUUUCGUAAGGACCGGAUAGGAAGGAACCAUGUUUUAAUGUGUACAAAUUGUAACAUAGUUAUUGUACUCACUGCUGCAGUGGACUGUACAGGGCCUCGUUUUCAUCUUAUUAAAUGUAGAAAAUAGAAAAUAAAAUGAAUUAACCGUGA